AUGCCAGCGAAUUGUUUGUCAUGUGGUACACCGGUGAGCAGAAGUAAGCCGGCUGUUCGAUGUUUUUUGUGCGUUAAUGAAGCACAUCUGAAUUGCCUGGGGAUUCCUUCGGAUGUGUUGAGGACGUCCGGACGCGGGGGAGGCAUGAAAUGGGUGUGUGACGGUUGCUGCACAGGUGAUAAGGAGGUGCCACGUAAUAAUCAUAACAAUAACAUUGAUAUCAAACUCGAUAAAAUUAUGUCCGAUUUGACUGCUAUCACAAGUCAGCAGGCGAAGUUCAUGGAUUCAUUGAACUUUUAUGGGAACAAGAUAGAUGAUUUUGAGCUGAAGAUGGCAAUCUUUGAGGACAUCAACUCGAAGCUGCAUAAGCACGAUGCUGAGCUCAAUACUCUUGUGGAUGAGAAUACGGACAUAAGGCGAGAGUUAAUUAUUUUACAACAACAGCUCAAGUCGAAAAACCUAGAUGUCAUCGGAAUACCGGAAAGAAAAAAUGAAAAUAUACUAACUAUUGUGGAAAAAAUCGCCUCAAAGCUUGGUAUUCCAAAUGUGGGAAAUUUUAUAGAGGGCUGCUAUAGAAUUCACUAUAUGCCAAAAGUUAAUUUGGGGACAAGACCUAUCGUGAUUGACUUCAAGAAUAAGUCUUACAGAGAUGAGUUUUUGCGAGCAUAUAGGGGAGAUAAACAGAAAAUCAAAACGAGCGAUAUUGGUUUUGAUGGGGUUGAAGAAACCAUAUACGUUAAUGAAAAAGAGUCCCCCUAUUAUAGAAAACUAUUCAAGUCAACUCGGCAGUUUUGUAGAGACAAUAAUUACAAAUAUUGUUGGGUCCAGGAUGGCAGGCUGUUGGUGAGGAGAACUGAUUCCUCGAGGAUUUUUCGCAUUUUUGAAGCUGAGCUGAACAAGUUGCCAAAGGAGUAG